CGCCCCAUCUGCCAGCCCUGCCGCCGCCCCAUCUGCUGUGAUCCCUGUGGCCUGCAGGAAGGCUGCUGCCGCCCCAUCGCCUGCUGCCCCACGUCCUGCACUGCUGUGGUCUGCCGCCCCUGCUGCUGGGCCUCCACCUGCUGCCAGCCCAUCACUGUGCAGUCCCCCUGCUGCCGGCCCCCCUGCUGCCAGCCUGCCCCCUGCCGCAUGACCUGCAGGACCU